UUAGAAACAAAAACCGUUUGCUUGCCAGUAAAAAAAUUGUUAUAGAAAUAAAUGAAAUAAAACCAUAUGUUAACAGCAAGCAGCAAGUUGUAUAAUAUUAAUAAGAAAACAACAAAUUUGUUACAUUUAUAUUUAAUUUUGUCGUUCAUUGAGCGUUAAUUGCAAAAGAAAAACAACAACAUAAUUAAAAGGAACUCAGUUUGGUGUGCUCACAUAUUCGUCGGUUUGUGGUCUGAGAGAGAGAAAGAGAGACGCCGCCAACAUUUUCCUCUCGAGCCAGUGACAUUACAACAUUUUCCCAAAUAUUUUGUUUGGAUUUUUUGUACGCCAGACUUUUGGUUGACAUUUCUGUCAAAUAUAUAUCGGCAGUUUGUGUAGCAGUUUUGUGAUACAAUAACAGUACACGUGUUUGGUUGUUGUUGUUGUGAAAAUAGAGUGUGCUGUGUGUUCAGUGACAGUGACAUUGAAGUACAUUCAUAAUUUUGGCCAUUGUUAUUUUAUCCAUACAGUGAUUUUGUAUUGGAAGUGAUUCCUUAUUGCAUUUAUUGUUGUUUUUUUUUAAAAUUUCCUGCCUUGAGUCUAUUCAUAUACAAAUUUGCGUAUUUUUUCAUUGUAUAUAUAAGUGAUUCUUUCAAAUUAUGUCUAAUACUGAAAAACAGGGAGUCAGUAAAAUAAGAAAUUUCUUAUCAUGUCGCCAAGUCUUAAAUCUUCUUACAAUGUUCGGCUUUAUGCUGAACUAUGCCCUGCGUGUAAAUCUCACCAUUGCCAUUGUGGCAAUGGUAAAACCAGAAAAUGCUACCUUAGAUGCUAGUUUGGAGGGUAGCAAUUCGACAAACACCACCUCGGGGUUAACUUCCAGCAUUACAACAACAACGUUAGCGCCUUCAACAGCCAACAGCAGUAGUAGUAGUAGCAGUAUAUCAGUUGAAGAUGUGGAUGACCGCUUUGCCUGGGAUACAUACCAACAGAACUUUGUUCUAGGUUGCUUUUUCUGGGGUUACAUUCUUACUGAGUUACCUGGUGGCCGUUUGGCCGAAUUGAUUGGUGGACGUCGUGUGUUUGGACAUUCCAUGUUGUGGGCCAGUCUCUUGACUUUGAUCACACCCUUGGCUGCCCAUCUGAAUUAUGUGCUUUUGAUUGUUGUGCGUGUUGUAUUGGGCUUUAUGUUGGGUGCCUCAUGGCCUGCCAUUCAUCCUGUAGCUGCCGUAUGGAUUCCACCAAAUGAGAGAUCCAAAUUCAUGUCAAAUAUGAUGGCUUCUUCCUUGGGUGCUGCUAUUACUAUGCCAGUUUGUGGUUUUCUUAUUUCGGUUGCUGGCUGGGCCAGUGUUUUCUAUGUAACCGGUGUUGUUGGUCUCAUCUGGUCCGUUUUAUGGUUCACUUUGGUCUUUGAAACCCCUGCCACCCAUCCCCGCAUCUCUCCCGAGGAAAGACGUGAAAUUGAGGAGGCCCUUGGCACUUCGACUUCCAAGAAACGUCCCAGCUAUGUACCGUGGGGGGAUUUGUUCUGUUCGCCUGCCGUCUGGGCCAUUAUUAUUACCCAUGGUCUGUCAGUAUUUGGCUUCUUUACUGUGAUCAAUCAAUUGCCAACAUUCAUGAAUCAAGUUUUGCAUUUCGAUAUUAAGAAGAAUGGUUUGUUCUCAUCCCUGCCUUAUUUGGGUAAAUACAUUAUGGCAUUUGGCUCAUCUUGCUUUGCGGAUUGGUUACGCCAAAGAGGAGCAUUGAGCACAACAGCAACUAGAAAAGUUUUCACUACUUUUGCUCUUACCACACCUGGCUUACUGAUGGUGGCUCAGGUCUUUUUGGGCAAAGAAGCAGCAUGGUCAGUGACAAUAUUCACAUUGGCUUUGUUCGCUCAUGGUGCUGUGACUCCUGGUUAUUUGGGUAAUGGUUUGGAUAUUGCACCCAAUUUCAGUGGCACCAUAUUCGGUUUAGCAAAUACUCUGUCCUCAUUUGGUGGUUUCCUAUCCACAUGGAUGGUGGGGGCAUUGACAUAUGGUGAUAAAUCCUACCACCAAUGGCAAAUUGUUUUCUGGAUUUUGGCCGUUACCUACAUUUCCGGUGCUGUGGUUUAUUUGAUUUUGGGUACGGGUGAUUUGCAGCCCUGGAAUAAUCCACCAGAACGUAAAAAAGUUUCAGAUGUGCAUGCCGAGGAAGGUGUACCACUGAAAAACUAAAAUAAAAUUAUCUGUAAGAUCUGUUUUUCAAUUUCAUUCGAAUUUUGUCUCAUCUUAAAAUGUAUUAUAAAUAUUUAAAAACAAACAAACAUACACAAACACACAAACAAAAAGAACUAAAAUAUAAAAAAAAAAAAAAAAAACGGAAAAACAGUGGUAACAAAAAAGAAAUGCAAACAGGUGCUCUAUUUUAAAGAUGUACGAUAUUUACCAUUACUAUACUGUAUUAGUUGAAUUUUUUAGUUGUUUUAAGGGAAUUUUUUAUUUUUAUCAAAAAAAAAAAAAGAAAAAAAUAAUGAUAAAAAAAUAUUAAAAUUAGUUUUAACAUAAAACAAAAUAAACCCCACCUUGAAUAUAAAAGACCCAAGUUCUUUGAGAGAAAACUUGCCUUAAGAAACAAAUAAAGACUUUCUUUGCGAAAGACAUUAUUUUUAAAGAAAACAUAAGGCCCAAAUAAGCACAUACAAAUUAUACAAAUCAAUCGUACGACAAAUCUGUAAACAAAUCAGCUAUAAAUUAUAAGUUUUCUUUGUUUAUACCAAACAUCAGUUUAGUUGAGUAGUACAUUGAAACUAUAGCCGCACAACAAUUCAAGAACAUUGAUUGAAUUUGGCCUUAAGAAUAUUAUUUUACUUAGAGUUUAAUACCUUUAAAGCCUUUAUCGAACUCAAUGACUAAGAGAAUGUUAUAAGGAAGGAGAGAUUGUUUCUAUAAGUUGAAGAAAGAAAGUCGGCUUG